AUGGCCAAGGCAAUGCAACCUGGUAAGAACUCUCGUUUCACUGAUCUUUACAAUGAGCCUGUGGAUCACCUAUUGUCACCGAUCAAAGGCUAUCAAGAUAAACCACUUGUUACACUUACGGCAGCUAUUGAACCGGUAUCUAGUUUUUUUAAUGAAAUCGAAGAUAAUGUUAUGGUUGCGUUACAUAAUUGUCAAAAUUCCGCUAAUGGAUUAAAUCAAGAAGAAUCAGCUUCAAUACAUUUAUAUACAAUGCAAUUUGAUGGUGGGCCAAGUUUAUAUCAUGUACUUAAUCAGUCAUUACGUGCUGAAAAUCGUGAAGAUUUGAAACCAUGGUUUUUGUACCUAAAAUUAUUUCUUACUGCACUACAUAAACUACCAUCACAAACUGAAACAGUAUGGCGGGGUAUUCGAGAUGUCGAUUUAAGUUCUAAAUACAAAACUGGUAUGAAAUUCGCCUGGUGGGGAGUAAGUUCUUGUACGACUCAUAUUGAAGUACUAGAAAAAAGUCAAUUUUUGGGUAAACAUGGACAACGUACUCUCUUUUCAAUUCAAUGUAUUAAUGGAAAAUCUAUUGCCGCAUAUUCAUAUUUUAAAGAUACCGAAAAAGAAAUUAUUCUUAUGCCAGGUUCCUAUUUUGAAGUGAUGGGUCAAUUAAAUCCAGCACCUGAACUGCAUAUUAUUCAAUUAAAAGAAAUUAUACCACCGAUGACACUUGUCAAACCACCAUUUCCUAAAUCGGACGGGCAAAAAGCUUCUUCGAUUGUUCAUAAACCAAGUACAUUUUCUCCAUCGACAUCAACAAUGAUGACAUCAAUGCAAUCUGCCAGUGUUGCUUCCAAGAAAAUGACAUCAGGUAAGAAUGAUUCUAUAUUUCCCAUUUUCAUUUUUUCAACCAAUCAUGAUCCGUUUAUCAAUUCAACAAUAUUAAGAUGUGAGAAAAAAAAUAUGUUCACGAUAUAUAGAAUUGUUUUCUGGCUUUAUCAAGUAGAUAAUUAA